AGCACAUCUCUCCUUAGCUCCGGCCCACCUUUGCUCCCUCUCGUUUUAAUUAUGUUCAUCGCCAGUUCCUCUUUCCCUCUCCUCUCCUUCUAAUAGUAAGUAAUACAAGUGUAGAGAGAGGCUGAGGUCCAUCUACAUGAAGCCGCCAUAAGGGUCCUUCCCCAUACCAAGACCCCAGGUCACCACCACCACCACCACCACCAUCAUCACCGCAUCACGGAUAUCACGAUUCACGAUUCACGGAUCGAGGCAUGGCAGCAGUUUCAGUAUACUAAGGCAUAGCAUUAUCCUGCCGUCCUCUUUGAUCCUGUCUGCGCUGUCUCUGCGCCAGGGAGACCUCCCUCCUCCUGCAGCAGCAUUAAUACCACCCAACUUAUCAUGGGGAAUACACAAUCAUCACUCGAAAACCCCGAUUUGUCUCCCUCGAGGCUGUCCAAACCCAAAACCGUCAACCCUACCAACGAAGGCCUACUUUCCUUGCACCCCGGAGGCCUUGCUACGAGUCUAAAUCGCCAGAGCGCCGUCCUACCCGCCCGUCCUGAAAAUGCAGCUCUCGAAUCCAACCCCGCGCCAAUAAUGUGCCCAUCCGCCAAUGUGUCCGAGGGUGAUUCGGAGGAAGUAAAAGCGAAGUUGGGAGGGAGGAAGGGUUCACUCAGGUUGAUGCAAGAAAAGGCAGCCAGAAGAAUGAGUCUGUUCCGGUCCAAGUCUUCACAGGGAAAUCCACACAAGGAAAAGGGGGCCAGUACUGUUCGGCCAAUGUCACGGAACUGCACCACAGCCACCAGUCCCAGGUCCAACUCCGUGACUUUUGAAUCCGCCGCCGCCGCCGGUUAUCUGCAGCCACACCAGGAGAGCUGGGCUCAUCCGCCCCAAACCCGCCUGACCUGGAACCACGAUACAACUACUUAUGCCUCUCAGCGACUGAUCAACCUUGCCGAGGAGCCGGCUUUCGUACACACAACUGCCGUAUCUGAGCGUGCAACGACCAUGACAGAGCAUUCAUGGAACGGCCAAGAUUACUUUGAUUAUAACGGAGCUCCUGCUAGAAAGCAUUCAUGGAACGGCGGGGAUCAUUUUGAAUUCAACGGAGCUCCUGAUAGAAAGCAUUCGUGGAACGGCGGGGAUCACUUUGAGUACGAUGGCGCUCCUAUCAGACGCGCAGACUCCGAUCUUUCUCUCUAUGUGCCAGUCCGCAGACGCUCGAUACUUCAGACGCCCGGUGUGGCAACGCGCAGAACUUCCACAAGAGAUGGCCUGACCCACUCGCAGUCAGUCCGGUAUAGCCACCCACAAACGCCACAGAUCUCGCGCCAGCAGUCCAUCGACUCUUUUAGGGAGGGCAUUCUGUCCAUGCCGCCACCUGGACUAGAUCCAUUGGCUUUGCAGCGGGUUGUGACACCAUGCGAGGACGAAUAUCAGUCAAUUGGAGCUUUCAAGCUGGGAACGUUGCGUAUUACCAACGGUACUGCGAGCCCACUGAGCCCCGAGCUCGAGGGGAAGGGACAAAGAGUAGACUAUUUUUCGAGGGUGCAGAGCAGCCUUGAUUCACGUGCGGAGGCGUCACAAUUCCUCCAAGUCAAAAUGCCAGAGCCGCGUGUGGUGAAACCAGCCAACAACGUCUUGGCUGCCCUGUCCCAGAACUCGACUCAGCCCGAAUAUUCUUCAAACGAAGUCCUCGACGUCCGUCUGGACCCGAAUGCAAAGUCGCAGCCUAGCACAUCCCCCGGCAGUGAUGCGGCUGCGACUGUCGCCAGAACAGAUAGCGGGUUCAUGAGCAUCUCUGACGAAUCUCUUAACACCAAGCCUUUGUCCAAGGCCGAUUCUGGAUACAGUUCCAAUGUGUCUUUGCGCUCGCUCCACACCAAGUCUAAGAUCCCCGAUCGGGAGAAGAACAAAUCAGACGAGAUACAGAUCAGUCCAGUCAAGGUUCAAGAUUUUGGCCUCGACAUUCCACUCAGUGUUUCUCCUCCUUCAAUGACGCCCGAAUCAGAGGCGCCUCCAUCAGUCCCUGCUAAAGAUACUCCCCCAGUCUCUCCUCUCGAAGGAGGCCAGAUGUUUGAGAAUCUCCGGAAGAGUCUUUCUCUCCGCGGCCAGCAAGCUAAAGCCGGUCUCCUCACUCCCAAGUCCUCGCAAAAAAGCGAAAAGCGUCCUUCACUAAGUGGCAGUAGCCCGAAGUCUCCCGAACUCAACAGCCUCACUCCAGCCAGCACCAAGUCCAGCAAGUCAGAUCGUUCAAACUCGGCUCACAGCAUCAGCAGCACGUCACAGAAGCCGAGCAGGCUGCAGAGAUUUUUGAGCGGAGCUCGCCGUCCCACCAGUUCUCUGCCUACACACAGCCGUCAUGCACCUGAAGAGAUAUGCGUUCCAGCCAUCCCGAAAGACGUCGAGCGCGAAUUCCGUGACCACGGCCGGCGCUUUCCCAUGAACACCAGGAGGCUGGCUCUCAAGCCCCGUUCCAGCAUGGACACUCUGAAGACCAUCUUUAGUGUUGGCAGUAUUGAAGCAAGCCUCGAAGCAACCACCGCCAAGCCGGCGGUUACCACCGUUCCUGAGGCGGAAACUGGCGAACUUGCCGCGACCAAGGGUGUGUCCUGGAGAAAGUCGAUUAGGAAGUCGAUGGUCAGGAAGCCCGUACGUACCAGCAAAGAUGAUGUGAGAGACGGCCGCCAAGAGGAGCAACCAGGCGUCUUUGAUUCGAUUCUUCCACCCAAGAGUGGAAAGGUUUAUGGUAGUACAAUCAAGAGCAGCGGCGCCGGGUCUGAAGCACUCAAGGAGGCGGAAAUGGCCGGAUCCAGAUUACCAUGCGAUCGGACAAUGAGUCUCACUGUCUCGCUUGAGCGAACUCUCAAUAUGCAGAUGGUUGGAGCGCACUCGAACCUGGCUGGCUUGCCUACAGAACUGCCCCCGGCGUCACUCCCGAGCCCAGUGAUUUUCCGGACUGCAUCCAUGACAUUCGACCACAAGACGACGCAUAAUCAACCACCCGUCAGCAUGCAGACGAGACGGUCGUCGCUUCGGGUGCCCCAACCUCAUCUGCGGCCACAAUCGUCAACUUCUAGCUUGAGACAUGAGGUCAGCCGUGAGGAUAUUCACAGCUAUCCGUCUGUGCAGUCUAGUCGCAGACCGAGCAGAGAAAGCAUCCACAGCUACCCGGUGCACGAACAGGCAGCUCAGAACUACAGUGCUCACGAGGAAUUGGGAACCAUUGGCCAGGACUACUUGGGCACUUCGGCUGCUCCUCCCCAGAUGGACCCUCGACGACUCGCCGCGUUCAGGCAGCGCCAGAACACCUUGCCUCCUACCUACAGGGUUCCCGACUGGAACCCACCAACCAGGAGCGACAUCAGCCGUCAGUCGUCCAUGACAUCUUCGAAUGGAACGAGUCAUCACAAUUCCAGUAACGGAAUCCAAAGGCCGAGCAGUGCCCAGCCUCGCCAUAGUUCCUACAUCCAGCGGGCUCAGACGCUUCGUCAUAGGCCCAGUCAUGACGCUUAUCAGCAGUUGCGUCUCCAGAAUGCUAACCCUCCGGACAUGUCAAGUGUCUACGGAGUGCUGGCAAACGAACCCUGGAGCAACCCCAACAUGGACUACAGGGGAACUCAAGGGCACGUGGUGCCUGACAGCACAUACCCGUCCUACGUUCCCCGACAGAUAGGCCAUCAUAGGAAGCGUAGCAUGAGCAUGCACACUUCGCAUGGUUCUAAUCCGCCUUAUCGGAUUCUUCACAGCUACAACUCACCAGCUUACCGCAAUGCCCCAAUCUGGGGCUAAUGGGCGAUGGAUGGGUUUGGUUAACACUCCUUCUAUCUCUUUGUAUCAGUUUUCAUCAUUCCGUCAUAAGCCUUCAUCUCAUCAUUGAUACCACGUCUUGCAUACUUGGGCGUUUCUGGAUAUUUAACUCAUCAACCCACUUAUUCACUGCUUUUCAGAGCAUCGACAUCUUUUUGUUUCCUUUUUCUUUUAUUACCUCUUCUCGUGGCUGGCUACAAGCACUACGACAUUUUGUCUGGCAGUCUCUUGCUCAUUUUCGUUUCUGGUUUGAGGAUCUGGCAUCAUCAUCUUCAUCCUCUAUCAACUUGGAUAGGUAAUUAUGUUGGAUACUACCAGUUUGCGUCCGCCAUCGCUGGCGAGGAAUUUAUACAUAUCCUACUUCGUACAUAUUAUAUACACACACACCACUAUCAUUAUUACUACUAUACCCAGGGAAAACAGGGAAGGGGCAAACAGGAGAGGGUAGAAAGGAAGAAAUCAAGGGAAAUGCGACCGAGAGGGAAAGGUCGCUGGAAGAAUUUAUUGGUUUGGGUUGGGAGGAAUCGUCAGGGAGACUGAGGAUAGCUGCUCCCGCAUACUAUAUGGAGGCUGCAAUACAUGUGAUUUACUUUGUAGUAAUUUUUACAUGCCCAUGUUCUUG